CCAGAUUCCAGGUACACUACAGAUUCUGCCCAGAAUAUUACUUCCUCUUGGGACUUUGGUGUGACUGAUCAGUGGGAAUGUGACAAACCCACACCCAACAUGCAGUUAAUCAGCUGUGAAGCCAAAGAGGAAAGCAUUGCAUCUACAUGAGAUGUUCUGUAGGACUGGAUACUGGUUCGUCUUUGGGGGAAUAAUGAAAACUGAAGGAAUGAUAAGGAAAGAGUUUGAGAGCCAGAAGUGAAAGGAUCAUGAGCAAAAAAAAUAUCACCGUUGGGUUAGUGGCCCUACUGUUGGUCGCCAUCAGUCUCUUUGUUGGCCUUUUUUUUGGACUCAGUUGGAAAGUUUCCUUCCCUAAGAACUCCUAUUCCAAGGCAGCAGUUGCAGCAGAUGCUGGAAAAUGCUCUGAAAUUGGCCGGGAUAUCCUUAAGCAAAAGGGCUCAGCAGUGGAUGCCUGCAUUGCAGCAUUACUAUGCAUUGGACUCAUGAAUGCUCACAGUGCUGGAAUUGGAGGAGGGUUGUUUUUUAACAUUUAUAAUGCUUCAACUGGACAAGUAGAAAUUAUCAAUGCCAGAGAGACAGCUCCACGAGCAGCAACAGAGAACAUGUUUCAAAAUAACCCUGAACUCGCCAGAAAAGGAGCAUUGGCUAUUGCUGUUCCUGGUGAAAUUCGAGGAUACCAAUGGGCUCACAAACGUUAUGGCAAAUUACCUUGGAAGGACCUUUUUGAACCUAGUAUUAAACUGGCAGAAAGUGGUUUUCCCUUAGGAAAAGCUCUUGCUAGGGCAAUUGAAAACGAAAAGGAUGUGAUUGAGAAUGAUAUGUCUUUAUGUGAAGUAUUUUGUAACUCUGAAGGGAAAAUCUUGAAGAUAAAUGAAAUCAUCAGAUUCCCCAAGUUAGCGAAAACAUACAGACAAAUAGCCGAAGAGGGAGCUGAUGUCUUUUACAAUGGAUCACUUGCACAUCAAAUAGUUAAAGACAUUAAAGAGCAAGGUGGAAUUAUUACGAUAGAGGACCUGCAGAAUUACAAACUUGAUUCAGAGAAUCAACCUUUGAAAUUUGAGAUAAGCAACUAUACAAUGUAUGUUCCCAGUGCUCCAUCUUCAGGUGCAGUCCUUGGACUCAUAUUAAAUAUUCUUGAAGGAUACAAUUUAACCAAUGAAAGUGUUUCAACAGUGGAAAACAAAAUAUUGACAUAUCAUCGCAUCAUAGAAGCAUUCCGAUUUGCAUUUGCCAAGAGGAGCAAACUGGGGGACCCGCACUUCCUGAACAUUACCAAUUUCAUACAAAACAUGACCAGUGAAGAAUUUGCUGAGAAACUACGAAGUAAAAUUUCUGAUGAUACUACCUUUCCAGUUGAGUAUUAUGAGCCUGAAUACUUAAUCCAGGAUGAUCAUGGAACAACACAUAUCUCCAUUUUGGCAGAAGAUGGAAGUGCCGUGUCUGCCACCAGCACCAUCAACCUUUACUUUGGAUCAAAAGUACGCUCUAAUGUAACAGGCAUCAUUUUUAACAAUGAGAUGGAUGACUUCAGCACAAGCAACAGUUCAAAUGGAUUUGAAGUGCAUCCUUCACCCAAUAACUUCAUCAAGCCUGGUAAAAGGCCAUUAUCAUCCAUGUGUCCAGCUAUUUUAUUGGACAAAAACAAAAAGGUAAAGAUGAUAGCAGGUGCGUCAGGAGGAACAAAAAUUACUACAGCUGCAGCAUUGGUGAUCUUGAAUACUCUGUUUUUUAAAUAUGAUUUGAAGGAAUCUGUGAAAAAUCCACGAAUGCAUAACCAGCUUUUACCCAAUGUGACACAGUUGGAAGAUGGCAUUCUCCAGGCUGUUCAAGAUGGUCUUCGGGCGAAGAAUCACAUAAUUGAGAAGCUACCACCUCCAGGGGCCGUGGUACAGGCUAUCUUACAUGAUGGGCACCGGAUUUAUGCAGAGUGUGAUGAACGGAAAGGAGGAUAUCCUGCAGGUUAUUAAGAAAUUGCACUUCAAGAACUUCACCUCAAGCAAACUUUAAUGACAUAAACAAAUGUCACAAGUAUAUCCAUACAAUGAUGUUUCUUCAGUGUACCUGAAAGUGAAAGUUAAUUGUCCAUUAGCUAUACAGAUGCACAAUUCAGAUGCAUGAUCAACAGCUCCUCCUACCUGUUCUCUUGUAGCUUGCUGCUGCUAGAGUUGGGGGUGGGGUGGGGGAUGACUUUAAAAACUUUGCAUUUUUAUACUUCUUUAUCUGACACUAGAGUGAUCACCUUUAAACCUUUAAAACUAUGUUCUUCUUAUGUUUGUUAAAAGAUGUGAUUAAAGGGGAAAGAUAUGAAA